AUGAGUCUAUCGCAAUAUACCUCGCCAGAGUUUCUGGCCGAGGAUCGAGGCCCAACUAUCAAAGCGACAGCCUGCCUGCUGAUCUUUUUCUGCACAUCUUUUGUUGCCUUACGUUACUACUCACGCUAUCUCACGAGUACCGCGUUGAACAUCGAAGAUGUUCUCGUUCCUUUUGCAUGGCUAGCUGAGGUGGGCCUUUGCAUUGUUGGUAUCGUCAUGGUCGAAAAAGCCAGCACUGGACGACAUAUGGCCUACAUUGCGUCCACAGAUCCGGCAAAGAUAUCCGAGCACUUCAAAGGCAUUAUGAUACAAGAGGUCCUGCAUCCAGCAGCUGUCGCAUUCCCAAAGCUCACCGUUGUACUGCUCUACUUGCAUAUCCUUACCAACAAGUACGAGCGCCUGGCUGCUAAGACGCUACUCGUUCUCAUUCUUUCUACGUGGAUCUCUUUCACCGUAGCUGUCGGGUUCCAGUGCAUGCCUUUCAGGUUCAAUUGGGACAAGAACAUUCCGAACGGAAGAUGCUUCAACGUUCAAGUCUUCGCGAACAGCUCUAGCGUACCUAACAUCGCAACCGAUUUGGCCGUCUUGAUACUACCUCUAAGAACAGUGUGGUGUCUGAAGAUCAGUGUUGGAAGAAGAAUUGGGCUGUUACUCAUUUUCCUGACCGGAAGCGUUGGUAUCGUCGCAUCCAUAAUCCGCACCGUCGUAUUCGCCCAGACCCUCGCAGAAGCCGGUCCUCUUACAGAUGUAACAUGGAACCAUGUUGCGCUCAUAAACUGGACAAUGAUAGAGCCCGGCAUGUAUCUUCUCAGCGCUUGUGCCCUCUCAUUCAAACCUCUUCUUCGGAUGUUUGCCAAGGCCCUCCAUCUUCAGGGCUUUGUUACACAUACAAAGUCUACUGUCGGUGUGACUAGAAGUCAUGUCAAAAGAACAUUCACAUCGACCCACACGCAGCCUGAAGUCUUCGAGCUCGGGAACGUCUCCGAGUUUGGCAAGUUUCACCGAUUGAGCGACGAUAAUGCGAGCAGUAGUACGAGUGGGAUUGACGAGGGAGGAAUAGAAAUACCCGCAACGAAGACCAUUGAACUGAGUUCACAGAGAAGACUCGACGAUGAGCGUUGGGACAGCAGGGAUCUAGCGAGCGACCACUUUGGGAGGGCGGUUUGA